AUGGCAGCCCUGCACACGGUGCCCGGCGCCCCGGCCGCCCAGCCGGAGCGGGCGGAGGACGGGUCCGAGUGCAGCCCUGAGCAGGAGGAAGAGGAGAGGGGGGAAGAGGCGGAAGAGACAGACGAGGAGGAGGAGGAGGAGGAAGAAGAGGAAGGCCAGGACGUGGUGGAGGAGGCGGCAGCCACCGGGCUGCGGGCGGGGCACGGAGAGCCCAUGGAGCAGGUGGAGGAGGAGGAGGAGGCAGAGGAGUGGAGUCCGGCGCUGGGAACCCAGGCGCGUCUGAGCCAUGGCGGUGCCGCGUCCCCAGUUCUUCAGGAGCAGGCUCUGCAGGCCUCCGAGGUUCCAGCCGUGCUUGGGGAGGAGGAUCUGGAGGAAGAGGAGGAAGAGGAGGAGGACGAGGAGGACGAGGAGGGGGAUUUCCUCACAGCUGGGUCUCAGGGGCUGGUGACCUUUGAGGACGUGGCUGUGUACUUCUCGCUGGAGGAGUGGGAGAGGCUGGCGGCCGCGCAGCGGGCCCUGUACAAGGAGGUCAUGCAGGAGAACUACGGCGUCCUGGCGUCCCUGGGGUACCCCAUCCCCAAGCCGGAUCUGAUCUUCCGGCUGGAACAAGGAGAGGAGCCUUGGGUCCCAGACAGCCCCCGGCCCGAGGAGGGAGACAUCGUCACUGGCAUCUAUACAGGAGCCUGGUUCUGGACCGACGACCUGGAUGACCACGAGGAGGACGACGAGGACUUCCUGGCAGAGGUGGCGGAGGAGGAGAGCGAGCCCCCCGGGCUGUGGUCGGCGGCCUAUGGCGUGGGGGACGUGCACGGGACGUGGGGUCCAGAUGACUCGGAUUCGGGGCAGACUCCGGAGGGCUGGGGGCUCGACCCCGGGGGCCUCGGGGCCCUGGCCGAGGGGUCGGAGGUGAAGUCCUUCCUGCCGGGCCAGGAGCCCGGCGUGAGCCUGCUGGCGCCUUGGGCGUUCCCGGCCGACGCGGCCGACCAGGCGGGGCGGCCCGAGACCACGUGCGACGUGUGCGGCAAGGUGUUCCCGCACCGGUCCCGCCUGGCCAAGCACCAGCGCUACCACGCGGCCGUCAAGCCCUUCGGCUGCGACGAGUGCGGCAAGGGCUUCGUGUACCGCUCACACCUGGCCAUCCACCAGCGCACGCACACGGGCGAGAAGCCCUUCCCGUGCCCCGACUGCGGCAAGCGCUUCGUCUACAAGUCGCACCUGGUCACGCACCGGCGCAUCCACACCGGCGAGCGGCCCUACCGCUGCGCCUUCUGUGGGGCGGGCUUCGGCCGCCGCUCCUACCUGGUCACGCACCAGCGCACGCACACGGGCGAGCGGCCCUACCCGUGCCCGCACUGCGGCCGCAGCUUCAGCCAGAGCUCGGCGCUGGCGCGGCACCAGGCGGUGCACACAGCCGACCGGCCGCACUGCUGCCCGGACUGCGGCCAGGCCUUCCGCCUGCGCGCCGACUUCCAGCGCCACCGGCGCGGCGGCGGCUGCUCCGAGCCCGGCGGCGACGGCCCCCGGCGGGAGCCCGGUGACACAGCGCCGGCCGCGGGGCCGGAGGAGGCCGAGGCCGGGCCCGAGGGACCAGAUGCCGGGGAGGCGGAGGCCCAGGCAGAGGCGAGAGACGCGGCUGCGGCUGCCCCGGAGGCGCCCGCCCCGCAGAACGAGGACCCCAGGCCCGCCCGGCGCCUCCCGGAGCUGGGCAACGGCCUGGGCGAGGGCGCAGGCUCCUCGCCGCACCCGCUGGGCUUCCCCUUUCCCGUUCACCCCAAGUCCUGGAUCCAUCCGGACGGUUUCCCGAUGCUGGGCCUCCCCGACUUCAGGGAGCGGCUGCCGGCCGAGGGGCGCCCCCUGUCCGGCCCCCUGGGGGCCCGGCUCUCCCUGGCGGAGGGCGCAGGGCUGGCCAGCGACCCCUUCCGCGCGGGCGGCGGGCCCGGGGGCGGCGGCGCGGGGCUGCGCGCGUUCGGGCCUGGCGCCGGGGCGCUGCUGGCCGAGCCGGCGCCCGCCGCGCUGCCCGAGGAGGAGAGCCCGUGGAUCUGCUCCGACUGCGGCAAGACGUUCGGGCGCCGCGCGGCGCUGGCCAAGCACCAGCGCUACCACGCGGGCGAGCGGCCGCACCGCUGCGCCGACUGCGGCAAGAGCUUCGUGUACGGCUCGCACCUGGCGCGCCACCGGCGCACGCACACGGGCGAGCGGCCCUUCCCGUGCCCCGAGUGCGGCGCCCGCUUCGCCCGCGGCUCGCACCUGGCGGCGCACGUGCGCGGCCACACGGGCGAGAAGCCCUUCGUGUGCGCCGUGUGCGGCGCGGGCUUCAGCCGCCGGGCGCACCUCACGGCGCACGGGCGCGCGCACACCGGGGAGCGGCCCUACGCGUGCGGCGAGUGCGGCCGCCGCUUCGGGCAGAGCGCGGCGCUGACGCGGCACCAGUGGGCGCACGCCGAGGAGAAGCCGCACCGCUGCCCGGACUGCGGCAAGGGCUUCGGCCACAGCUCGGACUUCAAGCGGCACCGGCGCACGCACACGGGCGAGAAGCCCUUCCGCUGCGCCGACUGCGGCCGCGGCUUCGCGCAGCGCUCCAACCUGGCCAAGCACCGGCGCGGCCACACGGGCGAGCGGCCCUUCCCGUGCCCCGAGUGCGGCAAGCGCUUCUCGCAGCGCUCCGUGCUGGUCACGCACCAGCGCACGCACACGGGCGAGCGGCCCUACGCCUGCGCCUGCUGCGGCCGCCGCUUCUCGCAGAGCUCGCACCUGCUCACGCACAUGAAGACGCACCGCAGCGCGGGCGCCGCGCCCGGGCCCGCGCCCAAGGCCAAGGCCGAGGCGCCCGCCAAGGGGCCGCCGGGCGGCGGCGCGGGCGCCCCCGGGGAGCGGGGCGGCGCCCUGCGGGAGUUCGCGGGCGGGACCAGCUUCGGCUCGGAGCCCACGCCGUUCGUGGGGCCCUCGGGCGCCUACCGGGAGGGCGUCCUCUGA